GGCUCAGAGGUGCCAUCCUCAUUUGGACAGCUCUGACUGUUUCCUGCAGUGUCCUCUCUGGGUUCAUCUGAUCUCCGUAUCCAUCGACCAUGUCAGUCUCUGUUCGCCAGAUGUCUUCCAAAGGACCCAAGACCGUGACCUCAAAGUCCACUGUCACCAAGAGUCGCUGUGGUUCGACGGUCUCUCCACAGAAAGCCUACAGUGUGUACGGAGGUGGUUUAGGAGGAAAUACCCGCAUCUCUUGUGGCUUCAGAAGUGGAGGAUAUGGUGGAGGACUUGGUGGAGGAUAUGGUGGAGGAUAUGGUGGAGGAUAUGGUGGAGGAAGCGGCUUUGGUGGGGGAUAUGGUGGAGGACUUGGUGGAGGUUAUGGUGGAGGAUUUGGAGCAGGCAUAUUGCCUGGAGGCUGCAUUGGAGGGGACUUUCAGCUAAAUGAGAAGGCCACCAUGCAGAACCUGAACGACCGCCUGGCAUCCUACCUGGACAAGGUGCGCUCACUGGAGGCUGCCAAUGCCAUCCUGGAAAAGCAGAUCCGCGAGUACUAUGAGAAGAAAGGGCCAAUCGCACAGAGGGACUACAGCCCCUACUGGAACACCAUCAAGGACCUGAAGGACAAGAUUAAAAAUGCUACCAUCCAAAACGCCAACAUCCUCCUGCAGAUUGACAACUCUAAACUGGCUGCUGAUGACUUCAGGGUGAAAUAUGAGCAUGAGGUGGUGAUGCGGCAGUGUGUGGAGUCUGACGUCGCUAACCUGCGCCGCUUGCUGGACCAGACAACCAUGGCAAAGAACGACCUGCAGAUGCAGAUCAAGAGUCUGGAGGAAGAGCUGGCAUUUAUGAAGAAGAACCACCAGGAGGAGCUGGCUGCACUGAGGACUCAGUUGACAGGUACUGUGAACGUAGAGGUUGAUGCUGCUCCUCAGGAAGACUUGAACAAGGUUCUAGAGGAGAUUCGUGCUCAUUAUGAGACCAUCAUACAGAAACACCGCAGGGAUCAGGAAGCCUGGUUUAAAGAAAAGAUGGCAGGGUUGAACAAAGAAGUGGCCCAGAACACAGAGGUCAUAGAAACAUCCAGGUCACAGGUCACAGAGCUGCGAAACACCUUACAGAGUCUGGAGAUCGAGCUACAGUCUCAAUUCAGCAUGAUAGCAGCACUGGAGAAGACACUGGCAGAAACAGAGGCUAGGUACAGCUCUAUGUUAGCAGGCUACCAGAACCAAAUCAACAUGCUGGAAGCUGAGUUGGCUCAGUUGAGAGCUAGCAUUGAGCAACAGGGACGAGAUUACGCCUUGUUGCUGGACAUCAAGGCUCGUCUGGAGCAGGAGAUUGCUACCUACAGAAGCCUUCUUGAAAAUCAAGACAUUAAGACUCAAAUUCCAGGUGGAUCUAUCACUAUCUCAGGUGGAUCUCAAUCCUCUGGUGGUAUCCACUUUGCCACAUCUGGUGGAUCUCAGUCCUCUGGUGGAUCCCACACUGUCACAUCUGGUGGAUCUCAAUCCUCUGGUGGUUCCCACACCAUCUCAACUGGUGGACCAGCAAUCCAAAUAAAGCAAAACACCACCACAAUCCGUAAAUACUAAAGUCACAGCAUACACUCAUUCUUGUGUUUUUGUAUGUGAGAAAAACUUGAAAAUAAAAGUGCUGAAAAUAAAAGUGCUGUCAAGAAA